GAAGAUACUGCCUGUGGUCAGGGAAGAGAGAAAAAUUUCUGGGCAGAAAUUUUGCUGCUCGCCCAGCUUCAUAGAAAUCGCGAUUGGGAAGGCAUCCGUGGUCAGAUUAUACUGAAAUUUUGACUGGAGGUUCUCAAGACACAGACCUAAAUUCUGAACGGUGGAGAUUGGAUUUUGACGGUCAGAUCGUCUGGAAUCAUUUCCGAACAGACCUGCAGUUUUUAGGGUGAUUUCAAUCCUUUUUCAUCCUCUUUGUAUCUUUGUUGAAGUUUUAUACUUCUUGAGCUGUUGUAUCAUCAUAUUUGAUGUUUGGAGACUCUCUUGUACUCAUUCCUUGUUGAUUAGUGAAGAGUUUGGGUGGACGGAGGCCCCGUGGUUUUUCCUCUUCGAUUUGGAGAGGUUUUCCACGUAAAAAAUCAUGGUGUUCUGUGUGUGCUUGGUUUCAUUUCAUUUUUACAGCUUUCUCCAUAUAUGUUUUUGAUGUCAUUCACUGCUACCUGCUAUUAAACCGGGAUCCUGUGAGUUUCUUGCAAGCUUGGAAGAAUUCUUGUCAAGUAUAUUUGGACUGUUUUGGGUUUGUGGUUGAAUUAUUUUGACAGGCUUUGCUUUUCUUCCCUACAAAUUGGUAUCAGAGCUUGUAGUUGUUCCUGUGUUAUCUGCUUGUUUGAAAUAUGGAGCCGAAUAUUAGUAGGAUGAUUUGUUUGAAUGGCAAAAAUUAUCACAACUGGAGUGGUAAAAUGAAAGAUUUGCUACAUGUUAAAAGUCUCCAUUUACCUGUAUUCGGAACUAAGCCUGAGAAUAAAUCUGAUGAAGUCUGGGGUUUUGAAAAUCAGCAAGUCUGUGGUUAUAUCAGAUGUUGGGUGGAAGAAAAUGUUAGGAAUCAUAUAGCAAAGGAUCGGAAACAAAUGCCAAAACUUUGUGGACGAACCUUGAAAACAUGUAUGCUGCUAAAACAGGAAAUAAUAAAUUGUUUCUGUUAAAGCAAAUGAUGAAUUUGAGAUAUAAAGAGGGCAUUUCUGUUUUGGAUCAUGUUAAUGAAUUUCAAGGCCUAGUUGAUCAGAUGACUGACGUUGGUAUUAAAUUUGAAGAGGAAAUAUUGGGACUUUGGUUGCUUAACAGUUUACCCGAUUCUUGGGAAACUUUCCGGACUUCUUUUACUAACAAUGCCCCUGCUGGUUCUAUGUCUUUAGGGUAUGCUAGAGAUGGCAUUUUAAAUGAGGAGGUUAGAAGAAGGACUCCGGGUACAAACCCAUCCCAGUCAGAAGUUUUUGUUACUGAAGACAGGGGGAGAAACCAAAACAAGUUUCAGGGUUAUAGAGGCAAAAGCAGAAGUAAGUCCAGGUCCCGGUUUAAGGAUAUGGAAUGUCAUUACUGUGGCAAGAAAGGUCAUAUCAAGAAGCAUUGCUUUAAACUAAAGAAGGACAAGAAAAAUGGCAACAAUUCUGAUGUGAAAAAUGACAACAAUGGUGACCGCGUUGCUGCUGCCACUCCGGGAGAUCUUGUUAUUGUUCAUGAUGAUGUGAUCAAUUUUUCAUCUCAUGACACUGAUUGGGUAGUAGACACUGGCGCCUCACUUCAUGUUACGUCUAAAAAGGAGUUCUUCAGUUCCUACACUCCAGGUGAUUUUGGAGUUCUCAGGAUGGGCAAUGAUGGUGUGUCAAAGGUUAUUGGCAUGGGUGAUGUGUGUUUGCAAACUAGUAAUGGCACUCAAUUGAUCCUUAAAGAUGUCAGACAUGCUCCAGAUAUUCGCCUAAAUUUGAUCUCAGUUGGAAGACUUGACAAUGAUGGUUUCUGCAACAGUUUUAUUGGCGGGGAGUGGAAGAUCUCCAAGGGUUCAUUGAUUGUGGCUCGUGGGAAGAAGUCUUCUAAUCUUUAUUUAUUGCAGGCUUUCGUUUCUUGCAGCAUCAAUGCAGUGGACAGCAAAGUCUCAUUUGAUUUAUGGCAUAGACGACUUAGCCAUAUUAGUGAAAAGGGACUUAAUUGUUUAAUUAGAAACAAUGUUAUUUCUGGACUUGGUACAAUAAAGUUAAACAAGUGUGAUCAUUGCAUGGCGGGAAAACAAAACAGAGUGUCCUUCAAGAGUAAUUCUCAUCACAGAAAAUCAAGCGUGUUGGAGUUGAUUCAUUCCGAUGUGUGUGGUCCUUUAAAGGUACAAUCUUUUAGCGGUGCAUCUUAUUUUGUGACUUUCAUUGAUGACUAUUCUAGAAAGGUGUGGGUCCAUGCUUUAAAGACCAAGGAUCAAGUUCUAGAUAAGUUUAUGGAAUUUCAAGCUCUUGUUGAGAGGCAGACGGGAAAGAAAGUCAAGUGCAUCCGAAUAGAUAAUGGUGGUGAAUAUUGUGGUCCAUUUGAUCAUUAUUGCAGAAAGCUAGGGAUAAGGCAUCAGAAGACUCCUCCCAAAACUCCUCAGCUAAAUGGUUUGGCAGAAAGAAUGAACAGAACUUUAAUUGAGAGAGUUCGUUGUUUACUUUCUGAAGCUAAGCUAUCACCGAGCUUCUGGGGUGAAGCUUUGUACGCAGCAGUUCAUGUGAUUAAUAUGUCCCCAGCUUAUGCUUUAGAUGGAGAUGUUCCAGAGAAUGUUUGGUCAGGCAAGAAAUCUUCUUAUGAUCAUUCCCCAGCUUAUGCUUUAGAUGGAGAUGUUCCAGAGAAUGUUUGGUCAGGCAAGAAAUCUUCUUAUGAUCAUUUGAGAGUCUUUGGUUGUAAGGCUUUUGUUCAUAUUCCUAAAGAUGAACGGUCUAAACUUGAGGCAAAGACUAGACAAUGUAUCUUUCUAGGUUAUGGCCAGGAUGAGUUUGGGUACAGGUUAUAUGAUCCCGUUGAGAAGAAACUUGUCAGAAGCAGAGAUGUCGUAUUCUGUGAAGAUCAAACUAUUAAGGAUAUUCAGAAGGUUCAGAUGACAGCAACACAGAUGUAUGAUGAUCUUGUUGACUUGGGUGAUGAGGGGACUCAUAAUGAGUCUACUACUGUUGAUGAUACGGCUCAGCCCGAUACACACCAGGAUACAGUUGACACUCAGACUCCAGAGGAUGAAACUACUGAUAUUCAACAUCCAGAAGUUACAUAUAUGCCAGAGGAAUCACAUGAAGCUCCAAUUCCUAUGAGACAGACUACAAGAGCUAAAAUACCUUUUGUUAGGUAUAAUCCUGACACUUAUGUGCUCUUGACUGACGGGGGAGAACCUGAAUGCUUUGAUGAAGUAUUGGAAAGUGAGCAAAAAGAUAAGUGGUUUAGGGCAAUGCAAGAUGAGAUGGAAUCUUUGCAUGAUAAUCAUACCUUUGAUUUGGUAAAGUUACCCAAUGGUAAGAGAGCUUUGAAGAAUAGGUGGGUUUACAGGUUAAAACAGGAGGAACAUUCCUCAAACCCACGAUAUAAAGCUAGAUUAGUAGUCAAAGGUUUUAAUCAGAGAAAAGGAGUUGAUUUUUCUGAAAUUUUUUCUCCUGUUGUGAAAAUGUCUUCCAUUAGAGUUGUGCUUGCUUUAGCUGCUAUUCUUGAUUUGGAGGUUGAGCAGAUGGAUGUGAAGACAGUUUUUCUUCAUGAUAAUCUUGAGGAAGAGAUUUACAUGGAACAACCAGAGGGUUUUAAGGUUAAAGGUAAAGAAGAUCAUGUGUGCCGAUUGAAGAAAAGUUUAUAUGGUUUGAAACAAGCACCGAGACAGUGGUACAAGAAGUUUGAGUCUGUUAUGAGUAAGCAGGGUUACAAAAAGACCACUUCUGAUCAUUGUGUGUUUAUGCAAAAGUUUUCUGAUGAUGACUUUAUUGUACUUUUGCUUUAUGUUGAUGAUAUGCUUAUUGUUGGUAAGAAUGCUUCUAGGAUCAAUAUGUUGAACCAAGAGUUGAACAAGUGUUUUGCUAUGAAAGACUUGGGACCAACAAAGCAGAUUCUUGGAGUGAAGAUCACUCGGGACAGAAAAGAAAGAAAGCUUUGGCUAUCACAAGAGAGUUAUAUUCUGAAAGUGCUUCAAAGGUUUAGAAUGGAUAAUGCAAAAUCAGUUAGCACUCCACUUGCUAGUCACUUCAAACUAAGUGUCCAGCAAUGCCCUUCAACUAAAGAUGAGAAGAAAGAGAUGGAUAGAGUUCCUUGUGCUUCAGCCGUUGGUAGUUUGAUGUAUGCCAUGGUUUGUACGAGGCCCGAUAUUUCUCAUGCUGUAGGAGUGGUUAGUCGUUUUCUUUCAAAUCCAGGAAGAGAACAUUGGGAAGCAGUGAAGUGGAUUUUGAGAUAUCUCCGGGGAAGUUCAAGUCUAAGACUCUGUUUUGGAAAUGAAAAAUAUGUUCUUGAAGGCUAUACUGAUUCAGAUAUGGCUGGGGAUAUUGAUUCAAGAAAGUCUACUUCUGGAUAUUUGAUUACUUUUGCAGGGGGAGCUGUUUCGUGGCUAUCUCGAUUACAAAGAUGUGUUGCACUAUCAACUACAGAAGCUGAAUUUAUAGCUGCCACGGAAGCUUGCAAAGAGUUGCUUUGGAUGAAGAAUUUUAUGAAGGAACUUAGAUACUCUCAAGAAAGAUAUGUGUUGCUAUGUGAUAGUCAAAGUGCAAUUCAUCUCGGUAAGAAUUUAACCUUUCAUUCUAAAUCUAAACAUAUUGAUGUAAGGUAUCAUUGGAUACGUGAAGUCUUGAAUGAUAGGUUGUUGGAACUUGAAAAGGUUCAUACUGAUAAUAAUGGGGCUGACAUGUUCACAAAAGCAUUACCGAGAUGGAAGUUUGAGGUUUGUUGUUCGCUUUCCGGGAUGGAAAGUGAAUGAUUUCUUCACAUAGUCGGGAGAGGGAGAUUUGUUGGGCCUAUCUCAUUUAUUCCCUCCUAUGUGAUUAUAGCCCAAAUUGUUGGAGACCCAUUAAGUCAUUUUGACUCUUCACUUAGUCAAUGGGUGUGGUCUGAAGAUACUGCCUGUGGUCAGGGAAGAGAUCAGCUAACAGAAAAAGAUAACAGAUAAAGGAGAGAAAAAUUUCUGGGCAGAAAUUUUGCUGCUCGCCCAGCUUCAUAGAAAUCGCGAUUGGGAAGGCAUCCGUGGUCAGAUUAUACUGAAAUUUUGACUGGAGGUUCUCAAGACACAGACCUAAAUUCUGAACGGUGGAGAUUGGAUUUUGACGGUCAGAUCGUCUGGAAUCAUUUCCGAACAGACCUGCAGUUUUUAGGGUGAUUUCAAUCCUUUUUCAUCCUCUUUGUAUCUUUGUUGAAGUUUUAUACUUCUUGAGCUGUUGUAUCAUCAUAUUUGAUGUUUGGAGACUCUCUUGUACUCAUUCCUUGUUGAUUAGUGAAGAGUUUGGGUGGACGGAGGCCCCGUGGUUUUUCCUCUUCGAUUUGGAGGGGUUUUCCACGUAAAAAAUCAUGGUGUUCUGUGUGUGCUUGGUUUCAUUUCAUUUUUACAGCUUUCUCCAUAUAUGUUUUUGAUGUCAUUCACUGCUACCUGCUAUUAAACCGGGAUCCUGUGAGUUUCUUGCAAGCUUGGAAGAAUUCUUGUCAAGUAUAUUUGGACUGUUUUGGGUUUGUGGUUGAAUUACUUUGACAGGC